AUGUUAAGCAACCUCUUAUUCAUUCUGCUUCUUAGUCUUGGCGCAAGUCUUACCCUCGCGAGGCCAGGAAAACUAGAAGACCUUGAGAGAUUUGGGCUCCCAGAUGGAUUGAGCCUCGGUGAAUUUCUGGAUGGCAAAAACCAGAAUCGACGGCAAACUUCGCUCGGUUCGACCAAUCAACAUUCAAAGGCGGCCUUCCUGACUGCAGUGCCACCGGUGACCCUAGCUAUGCAUCAGGCCCAAGCAAGUACAAAGAUGGUUAGGGUGUUUACCCCGACUCUUUUUGCGACAAUGGCCUAUACACCUUCAAGAAUCAUUGCUGGACUGAUCAGUUCUUUGUCGAACACCAAGUCGAAUACAGUGAUUGUGAGUAAACUCUACCCGAAACCAAGCCCACGCACCUCCAUGAACGAACUCUUUUCGCUGACUGCUCGUCAAGGGAUUAAUACCGGCAAUGCGGUUGAUUGCAAAACAACGAGCACUUGCUCCCAACUAUCGAUAUCACUGAACCAGUCCUGUGUGGCAAACGGAAAGAGCUGGGACAAUGCUGUACAGGUCUCAUUUGAAGGCAAACUCGGGAAGCUAAAGGAGGUACUGGAUAUCGGGGGAGGCCUUUCUUUGAGCCACAACGCAGGGGGAUCCGAAGUAACCACAAUAUGCAACGCCAAAUCCGAUACAAGCUCCUGCUCCUGGUCCGACCAAGGUUGCCACGUCAUCUGGAAGGCUAAGCGUAACCGCCGAAUCCACGGGUACUUUCGCCGAUCUUGCGAUAAACCACGGAGUGGGACGAACAUGCCUGACACCCAACCGCGCGCGGACGGCUAG